ACUUUCACAACUAACGCCAACCCAGAGACAGAGAAAACAGAGGUGAUAGCAGAACCCGCCACCAGGCGCCACCCGACAAUGUCCAUCCUCGCCGCUCUCUUCACCCCGGCUACCUCCGUCUCCCUUCCUGUGGCCAAACCCACCCUCAAGUUCGCUCCUUUACCUAUCCAUCUCAAUGUCGGCCUCCCCUCCACCAUCUGCACUCCCAUUUCCUUCUCCACUCUCCGCCCGGGCCAGCAGCGAGGCUUCCCCUUUUUAACCCUCCUUGCCGCCACUGGCGGCGGUGAUGGCAUCAUUGACAAUAAUAAUAGCGGUUCUGGUGGUGGUGGUGGCGGCGGCGGCAAUAACAAUGACGGGAAAAACAACAAUGAAGGGGGUGAAGACAAUGGUGAUGAGAAUGCGGGCAGCAGGAACUGGGAGGAGGCCUUGAUGCUGCUGUCAGAGGCUGGGAGGACAUUGGAUAGUUUGCCUAAGGACUUAGCAGCGGCGAUCCGAGCUGGGAAGAUUCCUCCCGCCGUGAUUGAGAGGUUUUUGAGCCUCGAGAAGUCGGCUUUUAUGCGGUGGUUGAUGCAGCUUGGUGGAUUUAAGGAGAGGCUUCUGGCUGAUGAUCUUUUCUUGGCUAAGGUUUUUAUGGAGUGUGGUGUUGGGGUCUUCACAAAGACUGCAGCAGAGUAUGAUCGUCGCAAAGAAAACUUUUUCAAGGAGCUUGAGAUUGUUUUUGCUGAUGUGGUAAUGGCCAUAAUAGCAGAUUUCAUGCUUGUUUAUCUCCCAGCACCUACUGUUUCUCUCCGGCCUCCUAUUGCUGUCACUGCUGGACCUAUUUCCAAGUUCUUCUACAGCUGCCCUGACAAUGCAUUCCAGAUUGCCCUUCCGGGAACUUCAUAUUCAUUUUUACAGAGACUAGGUGCAAUAGUGCGUAAUGGGGCAAAACUUUUUGCUGUUGGCACCACUUCAUCACUGGUUGGCACAGCAGUAACAAAUGCCUUGAUCAAUGCAAGAAAAGCUGUUGAUAAGUCUUCCGCAGCUGAAGUUGAAAAUGUGCCCAUAUUUUCCACUAGUACUGCUUAUGGUGUCUAUAUGGCAGUUUCAAGCAACCUCAGGUACCAAGUGCUGGCUGGUGUAAUUGAGCAACGGAUUUUGGAGCCCUUGCUACACCAACACAAGCUUAUACUGAGUGCCAUUUGCUUUGCUGUCCGAACAGGCAACACAUACUUGGGUUCCCUAUUGUGGGUCGACUAUGCUCGCUUAAUAGGAAUCCAGAAGGUUCAUGAGGAGAACGCUGCAUUGGCUUGAUUUAUGUUCAGUUUUAGAAAGUUGGAAAUUCUUGUGUUUCUCUGUGUCAGUUAUAUAAAGCAAGUACAUUGGUUUUUGAGGAAGAUCAUUCUCAUCAUGGAUAUCACUGGAUACUUAUACAUGUCUGGAUCAUGGUUAAGCGAGCAGUUUCUGAAUUUUUAUUUUUAUUUUUUAUAUAUCAUUCAAUAACGUGUACAUCUUGAUUUUAAUUCUAUUGAACUUUCUCUUUUCUCUUUGCUUUUCCUUAAACCCUGUUGGAAAUUUG